CUGCGGAGGCGGCUCUCAGGCGCCUGCGCACGGCGGACGGGCAGGCCCCCGCGCAGCCACUUCCGGCGCGCUCGUGCAAGUGCGGUUCCGGGUCAGUGCUUUCCUCGCCGGCCGGCCGUUCGGGCUGGUGACGCGGCCCGGCGUUCGUGAGAAGCCCCGGAGGCGGGGCUCUGCCGGCUGCCCAGAGAGCGGCAGGUGCGCGGGCCGGGGCCAGAGACGCGAGGAGGCCCCUCAUCCUCUCAGUAGAUUCGGUCUGCCCCCAAAGCGGCCCAGACGGGGUUGCCCCAAGUCCCAAGGCAGGGGACAGAAUGCUUUGACCUCCAAGCUGUUUUAACUCUAGUAGAUAAGCUAGAUACUGUGUUGCCACGGUCCUUGGCCCACAUUUAAGAAGGGAUGAAGCUAGCUUGGAUAUCUGGAACUCUUUAGGCACCUGUCUUGGGAUUCCUGGUUGCUGGCCUAAAGACUACUGCGGUUUAGGAGCUGGUCCUCAGGGCAGGAUAGCCCCACAGCAAAAUGUUUGCUAAACUAAAGAAGAAAAUUGCCGAAGAGACUGCUGUUUCCCAGAAACCAGGAGGCACUACUAGGAUCCCACGGUCCGUGAGCAAGGAAUCGGUUGCCUCUAUGGGUGCUGACUCAGGAGAUGACUUUGCUUCCGACGGAAGCAGCUCCAGAGAAGAUCUGUCGUCUCAGCUUUUGAGAAGAAAUGAACAGAUACGGAAACUAGAAGCCAGGCUCUCUGACUAUGCUGAGCAGGUCCGAAACUUGCAGAAGAUAAAAGAGAAGCUUGAAAUUGCGUUAGAAAAACACCAGGAUUCUUCCAUGCGGAAAUUUCAAGAGCAGAAUGAGACAUUCCAAGCCAACAGAGCCAAAAUGGCAGAAGAACUGGCUUUGGCAUUAGCCAGAAAGGACCAGGAAUGGUCAGAAAAAAUGGAUCAGCUUGAAAAGGAGAAAAGGUUUCUGACAGCUCAGUUACAGGAAGUGAAGAACCAGAGUUUGAAUCUUUUCCAAAAGAGAGAUGAAAUGGAUGAACUAGAGGGGUUCCAGCAGCAGGAGCUAAGUAAAGUAAAACACAUGCUUUUAAAAAAAGAAGAAAGUCUGGGGAAAAUGGAGCAAGAGUUGGAGGCACAAACCAGAGAACUUAGUCGCACCCAGAAGGAGUUGAUGACUUCCAAUCAGAUGUCAUCAGACUUAAGGCAGAAGCUAGAAGAAUUGCAGAGACACUGCUCAGCGCUGGAAGAGCAGAGAGAUCUUGUGACAGCUUCAAAAACAGGCAUGGAAAAUAAGGUCACAGCCCUGGAGCAAAAGGAACAAGAGCUCCAAGCUUUCAUUCAGCAGCUUUCCAUUGAUUUGCAAAAGGUCACUGCUGAAACUCAAGAGAAAGAAAAGCUCGUCACCCAUUUCCAGGAGAAAGUUGCGUCCUUAGAGAAGAGACUGGAGCAGAACUUGUCAGGAGAAGAACAGGCGCAGGAACUCCUGAAAGAGAAAACAAUUGCCGAGCAGAAUUUGGAGGAGACCAGACGGCAGCUCUCGGUAGCCAGAAGCAGCCAGGCCGAGGCCGUCGACAUCCUGGAGACGCGGGUGAAGGAACUGGAGCAGAGCCUGCAAGCCUCUGAGGAGAAGCUGAUGCAGAGCAGGGCCAUUGCCGCCACACAGGAAGCUCAGAUUCAGGAGCUUGCCACUGCAAACCAGGAGAGCAGCCGUGCACAGCAGCAGUGCAGGGAGCACGUCCACGCGCUGGAGGCCCAGCUCGCUGCCCUCGAGACAGCUCGGGCGGCCGACCAGCUGGCUGCAGAGCGUCAGGUGAGGGAGCUGGAACAAGAAAAUGCAGUCCUUAAAGAAAAUAAGAAUGAAUGUGAACAUUCUUUACACCACCACCAACUUGAAUUAAAGAAGCUAAAGGAAGAGUGGAGCCAAAGAGAAGCUGUGAGCGUGACAGUGGCUCAAGCGCUGGAGGAGGCGCGGAAGCAGAGGGAAGAGUUCCAGCAACAGGCUGCUAAUCUGACAUCCAUAGUAGAUGAGAAGGAGCAGAGUCUACAGGAAAAAGCUGCAGAGAUUCUCCAGAAAGAGCAGGAGAUUUUCCAGCUGAAGAAAGGUCACGAGGCGGCCCUGCUGCAAGCGCACCAGCUGCAGAGCGAGCUGGAGGCCCUGCGGAGCCUGAGGGCAGAGGAGUCUGAGGCAGCUGCUGGGCGACAGGACCGGCUGAGGCUGCCGGGCCAGGAGCCGGGGUUGGCGCUGUUAGUCAGCGAGCCUCACCCUCACGUAACCUUGAGGGCCAUGCAGGACCCUGCGUACCAGCUUUCACCUGCAGAGGGGAUACCAAACGGUGAGGUGGGGGGCAUGGAUCUAGGGCAGCUACAGAAGGAGAAACAGGACUUGGAGCAGCAACUUCUGGAGAAAAAUAAGACCAUAAAGCAGAUGCAGCAGAGGAUGCUAGAACUCAAAAAGACGCUGCAGAAGGAACUGAAAAUCAAACCUGAUAGUGAGCUUUUUGAAGUCCGGGAGAAGCCUGGCCCUGAGAUGCCAAACCUGACCCCUUCUGUCACAAAUCACACCGACCUGCCUGAUGCCCGAGAGGUCAACUUCGAGUACCUUAAACAUGUGGUUUUAAAAUUCAUGUCCUGUCGGGAGUCUGAGGCUUUUCAUCUUAUAAAAGCUGUGUCGGUGUUGCUGAACUUUUCACACGAGGAAGAGAACAUGCUCAAAGAAACCCUGGAGUACAAGAUGUCCUGGUUCGGGUCCAAGCCAGCUCCCAAGGGCAGCAUCCGGCCAUCCAUCUCCAGCCCGCGGACACCGUGGUCCUAGAUGAAACCACCCGAGGAUGGAGUUCCACGGGCUGACACUUUUUCUGUGAAAAGAACACUGACACACCAGUCUGGGUGGGUUUUUAAUCACUGUAACUGCAGUAUUUUGUACAAGUGUCUAAACAUUGUUUACAAGACUUAAGGUCCACUUCCCUCAGACUGACGUGAACCUCAGGAGGUAGCUGAUCCUGUCAUUCUGGUCACAAACAGGGAGGUCCUGGCACUACCCACAUUCCCAGUGCUGCUAAAAUCUCAGCUCCGGCCAGCAUGUCUGCACCUGAGUUUCCGACCUUUGUCAGUGCUUAAAGCUGAAGCACCAGCAUCUCGCAGAGAGGAGGCCGCUGACCCAUCCUGUCGUGCUGGUGCUGGAUGCCGAGAGCGCCCCUUGAAGUGGUGCCCCGCAGGCCAGACUCACCUGCUCCUGCCAGGAGCCCACUCGGGGGGUGGGGGGUGGCUUUUAAAAAUUCCCCUUCCCUGUUAGGAUGUUUGGGUUCAGAUGAAUUAGAAGAGGUUUUUGACCUUUCCUCUCAAGAAAACAUUUUACCUUGUUUCUAAAACAACCUAGAAAUUUAAUAUGUACAUCCUUAAGAUCUAGAGUCAGUGAGGAUUAAUGAAUAUGAAGAUGGCAGUAUCUCAUUUUACUGAUGAAUACUAGCAAAUAUAUAAAAAGAUCCUUAGUACCAAAUACCCUCAAUUGCCUUCUUAAUGAAUGUACUUGUCUUGGAUAGGUUGCUGGUAAACCAUUCUGAACUAUUUUUUAUAGCUAAGUUCUUCACUAUUACAAACAUGUCUUCUGUAUUGGAAGGGUGUUUUUGAGGGAAACUGGAGCAUCAAGAUGAAAUUAUUUCUAAGGUUGGGAUUCCUGUCCCUCUGUAGUUUCACUAGCAUCCUGUAGCAUCUGCUCCCUCUGAAGCAGUGGUGGCGGUUCAUUUGCUUUGCUCUUGAUUCUGGGUUGUAACACUGAGCAAAUGCUAAUCACGGGUUUUCUACUGUUAAGGACAGUCUGCUCUACUCAGAGGCAGCAGCAGCUGUCCCUCCCCCAGCCUUGACCAAAACAUUGGAGGUGGUCUGCCUGGUACUGGCGCCACCACCUCUCCCCCUCCCCCUACCCCCAAAUACUUAAGAUGACACUACAUUCCUGUAUGGUGUCCAGACAGCUCCAGCUGGCUGCAGAUGACUGGUGGGGACUGACAAAGACUUGGACUAUUACUAAAAAGGGAGAACAUGCUUGCCUUGGAUUAGCCACAAUACCAAAUCAAAAGAGAAAGCUUUUACUGAUUUAGUCUGAUGAGUUUCAUUGGUUAAAAAACUGAAUUAGUAACCGGAGCUCCUAAAUUUAUCAUUAUCCCAUGAUGUGAAGUUAUGUCUCUUCAAUGAUGCUUAGGGUUAACACAUAUAAAAUGUAUCUCAACAGAAAAACGAGGGUUUGCAGAGUUAACCUGCUGCAUCUCCACAGACCUGCAAGUACCAAGCAAGGGCAGCACCACCUCUGUCCCCGCUUAGGCUCGCUGCCGUCCAAGUGAGCCCUUCUUCGCUUACCUACCUCUUCCCUGCAGGUGUCUGUCCUGUUCGGCAUGCUAUGUUCCACUUUCCUAUUGGGGGCACAAACCAGGACUCCCUUCUGUUCUUUAAUUUUGAUGAGGAAGACGUAACUUUUCCAGCUGUUCCCAGAAAGAAUCCUGAAAUUCAAGUAGUUUAGGGCUCGCCCAAGGCAGCCACAGCCCAGCUGCGGAGCCCGUCCAAAGCCUCCAUGGCCUCUCCGGCCGGCCCCAGCCCCUACCUGCGUCCCUGGCAGGUUUAGGUGUAGAUGCGGGGCCAUCACUAAGUCUGGACUUGCUUAGAGAGGAUUCACUCCGGUGAGGCUUUCCUCUUGCAUGUUGAACUUCCUUCAGCUUUAAGAGGAAGAGUGGAGUAACAAUUCUAAGUGAUUUAAUGCACUUUCACGUAUAUAAACAUUCUGUGAUGGACAAUAUAUAUAGCCCUUCAUAAGCAUUGGAUCUUCUCUCCUUCCAUUUGUAAAUAGGGAUUAUAUUAUCUAAAACUGCUGUAGAAAAGUCACAUGUGGUGCAAUAUACUUUUUGAUUAAAGCUCUUCAAUCCAGAUG